AUGAAGAAAUCUAACCGUAGUUGUUUGAAUGAACCAGACAAUUUUUGUUAUAUUUGUGGGCAAUUUACACCUCGUGAUCAGCGAAAAAAUUUGUCAAACAGAAUAAAGAUUGCCUACUACCAUUACUUUGGAGUAAAGGUGGCGGAUCAAGAAAGAACCUGGGCUCCACAUAUUUGCUGCAGUGUUUGCUACGUAGGUCUCACUCAAUGGUUAAAUGGGAAAAGAAAGCAAAUACCUUUUGCCAUUCGAAUGAUAUGGCGUGAGCCAAGAGAUCACCAUUCAGACUGCUACUUUUGCAUGACAAAUAUACAAGGACAUUCUAAGAAAACCAAAGCAUCAAUUGUGUACCCUAACUGUUCAUCUGCAAUAAAACCAGUUCCCCACAGUGUUGAAUAUCCUGUUCCAACUCCUCCUACAGACACUGUUCUUUAUAGCGAAGAAGAACAAAGUGGUGAUGAAAAGGUUGAUGUUGAAUACAAACCAGAUUACGACGAGGAUCCUCAGAACCUCACAUGA